AAACACACACAUUCACUCACACACACUUAAUACUAUUAUGAUCUAUCAAUAGCUUGCAUGUUCAUCUUUGAGAAAAUGGCCACUCUCUCUGAAGCCUAUAGAGAACACCCUCUCAACCUCCAUCACAUUAUCCCUCUGGAUUUUUCUUCAGCUCCAAACUUACCAGAAUCACACGCAUGGUCACUAUCUAAAGAUGAUCAUGAUGAUGAUUAUCUCUCUAAUUCCAAUGGAUCACCAUCCAUACCCAUCAUCGACCUCAUGGAUCCAAAUGCCAUGGAACUCAUAGGCCAUGCAUGUGAAAACUGGGGUGCCUUCCAGUUGAAGAAUCAUGGCAUACCCUUGAGUAUCAUUCAAGAGGUUGAAAAUGAGGCAAAGCGCCUCUUCGCUCUCCCUGCUGAUCACAAACUGAAGGCGCUGAGAUCUUCUGGUGGCGCCACCGGAUACGGCAGCGCUAGGAUUUCACCAUUCUUUCCUAAGUUCAUGUGGCAUGAAGGGUUCACCAUCAUGGGUUCUCCAUCUGAAGAUGUCAAAAAGAUAUGGCCGAAUGACUAUGCACGAUUUUGUGACUUGAUGGAGAAUUAUCAAAAACAAAUGAAGGUCCUAGCGGAGCAACUAACACGCAUGAUGUUAAACUUCUUGGACAUUAGCAACGGAGAAAACAAGUCCCAGUGGGACAUUGGUUCAUCAAGCAACAUGUGUGGAGUUGUUCAACUAAACUUCUACCCACCCUGCCCCGAUCCGACCCGAGCCAUGGGUCUAGCCCCGCACACCGACACCUCCCUCUUCACCAUCCUUCAUCAGACCCAAACCGCCACCGGCCUCCAAGUCUUCAACGAAGGAACAAAAGCCUGGGUCCCAGUGCACCCGCAUCGUAACCUUCUGGUGGUUAACACAGGUGAUCUCUUCCACAUCAUGUCAAAUGCGAGGUUUCGUUGUGCGCUUCACCGUGUCACUACAAACAAGACCGUGCAGCGUUACUCGGUGGCUUAUUUCCACUGUCCACCGUCGGAUUACGUGGUUUCUCCGCUGGUGGGCGGUGUCAAUAACAGUGUUGCUCGAUUUCGUGGGGUAACUGUGAAGGAGUAUGUUGGGAUUAAGAGCAAGAAUUUUGGGGAAGCACUGUCUUUGAUUAGUACCUCAAACUAACAUUUUGUGCUUCUUUAUCUAGAUAUAUAUAUCAAUGCUAGUUUUUGUUUUUUC